CUCACCCGCGUGCCCAACACAGUCAAGCAAUUUAUUCGCAAUGUCCGAUCCGCCAAAACCAUUGCCGACGAGCGGGCUGUAAUUCAGAAAGAGAGCGCCGCUAUUCGAGCUUCGUUCCGUGAAGAGAGCCACGAUUCUGGCGUCCGGAGGAACAAUGUGGCAAAAUUGCUUUACCUUUUCACCCUCGGCGAACGCACACACUUUGGACAGAUAGAAUGUCUGAAGCUGCUGGCCUCCCACCGCUUCGCCGACAAGCGGCUGGGCUACCUGGGGACAAUGCUGCUGCUGGAUGAGAAUCAGGAGGUGUUGACACUGGUGACGAAUUCUUUGCAAAAUGAUUUGAACCACUCCAAUCAGUAUAUCGUCGGUCUCGCCCUCUGCACCCUCGGCAACAUCGCCUCCGUCGAGAUGUCUCGUGAUCUCUUCACCGAAGUCGAAAAUCUUAUGUCUACAGCAAACCCGUAUAUUCGGCGGAAAGCCGCCAUUUGUGCCAUGCGGAUAUGUCGCAAGGUACCGGACCUGCACGAGCACUUUAUGGAGAAGGCCAAGAUUCUGCUCUCGGACCGGAAUCAUGGCGUCCUUCUUUGUGGUCUGACUUUUGCGACUGAUCUGUGUGAGGCGGAGGAGGAGGAAGAAGACGGCCCCGAAGGCGUGAUCGAGGCAUUCCGGCCGCUCGCCGGAGGGAUGGUUCGCGCUUUGAAGGGACUGACGACGUCUGGAUACGCGCCAGAGCACGACGUAUCAGGCAUUACAGACCCUUUCCUUCAGGUCAAGAUUCUCCGCUUCUUACGGGUUUUGGGCCGAGGCGACGCGGCCACCAGUGAAUUGAUCAAUGAUAUUUUGGCCCAGGUGGCCACCAACACCGACUCAUCGAAGAACGUGGGCAAUGCCAUCUUGUAUGAAGCAGUACUUACAAUUCUGGAUAUCGAAGCCGACUCUGGUUUACGAGUCCUUGGUGUUAACAUUCUCGGUAAAUUUUUGUCCAACAAGGACAACAAUAUCCGCUAUGUUGCAUUGAACACCCUGAACAAGGUUGUGGCAAUUGAACCAAAUGCAGUGCAAAGACACCGCAACACUAUUCUAGAAUGCUUGCGGGACCCUGAUAUCAGUAUUCGCCGCCGAGCGCUCGAUCUCAGCUUCAUGUUGAUCAAUGAAAGCAAUGUACGGGUGCUUGUGCGGGAGUUGCUGGCCUUCCUUGAGGUGGCAGACAACGAGUUCAAGCCCGUGAUGACAACUCAGAUUGGCAUCGCUGCUGACCGAUUCGCCCCAAACAAGCGCUGGCAUAUGGACACCAUUCUGCGUGUUCUCAAGCUGGCUGGGAGCUACGUCAAAGAGCAGAUCUUGUCGUCGUUUGUUCGCCUCAUCGCUACUACCCCCGAGCUUCAGACCUAUGCUGUUCAGAAGCUUUAUUCUUCCUUGAAGGAAGAUAUCUCGCAAGAGGGACUCACUUUGGCGGCUGCAUGGAGUAUUGGUGAAUAUGCCGAUAGUUUGCUCCAGGGUGGCCAGUAUGAAGAGGAGGAACUAGUGAAGGAGGUCCACGAGAGUGACAUUGUUGACCUAUUCACCAACAUUCUCAACAGCACCUAUGCCUCUCAGAUCGUCAUCGAGUAUAUUAUCACCGCAUCAAUGAAGCUGACUGUGCGCAUGUCGGACCCAGCUCAGAUCGAACGCUUGCGCCGCUUCCUCUCCAGCCGCACUGCUGAUCUGAGUGUCGAGAUCCAGCAGCGUGCUGUCGAAUAUUCCAACCUGUUCGGAUAUGACCAGAUCCGCCGUGGUGUUCUUGAGCGCAUGCCUGCCCCAGAGAUCCGAGAGGAACAGCGUGUGCUUGGUGCUCCGACAAAGAAACGUCAGAGCAAGAUCCUCCGUGGCAAGUCCACCAAGGUAUCCAAGCCCGCUGAACACGACCUCCUCCUGGACCUGAUGGGCGGCUCCGAAGCCCCUGUCACCAGCCCGACAACGAACGGGUCCAACACCGCCGAUCUGCUGGCAGAUAUUCUUGGCGGAGGAGACUCGGGUGUUUCUUCACCUUCCCCUGCGCCUGCCGUCGGCCAAAACACCAUGAAUAAUAGCGCCAUUAUGGACCUGUUUGGCUCAAACGGUGCCUCACCUUCUCCACAGCCGACUCAACAGCCUGCCUCCUCUGGGCUUGACCUGCUUGGCGGCGGCAUGGGAGUGUCUGCGCCUUCGCCUUCUGCCUCUCCUGCUCCUGUCUCCGCCUCAACGCCCGCACACACCGUCUUCAACAAAGACGGACUGGUGCUCAAUCUGCAGGUCCAACGAAGCGGCCCGAACGCCCAAAUCCUUGCUCGCUUUCGCAAUGAAUCCAACUUUGAUAGGUUCUCCAACGUUGGCUUGCAGGCUGCUGUGCCCAAGAGUCAACGUCUACAAUUGAGCGCCAUCAGCAAGGGCGACCUUGAAGCAGGCGAGGAGGGCACACAGACAAUGCGCGUCACCGCAGUAAACGGGGCCCUCCCACCCAAACUCCGCCUCCGUCUCCGAGUCACUUCCUCCCGCGACUCUGGUGCCCCAGUCACCGACCAGGUAGACUGGACCGAGCCAUAA